AAAAAUCAGCUGAUCACAAAAGUGACAAAUAAACAAAAACUUUCCUUUUUUCAUUCUAAAUAACUAGAUCAAUUAUUAAUUUUGUAUAAACAGGCCAAAUUAAUCAAAAUUGACGAUAAAAAGAUUGCCUUAAAAUUGCCACAAUGUUGACUGCAAAAAUAGGAAAGGUUGGAAAAGUGCUAAUAUGUGGUGCCAAAGGCGUAGGCAAAACUGCAUUGUUGGAGCAACUUAUAUAUGGGAAUAUAACUUUGGAGACAGAAAUUCAUCCCACCAUCGAGGAUAUCUAUGUGGCUAGCGUUGACACUGGCCGAGGCAACCGUGAAACUUUACGCAUCUAUGACUCUGCUGGCUUAUUUCAAGGCAGCAAAGCCCAAUUACCCAGACAUUAUUUUUACUUUCCCGAUGGUUAUGUUUUAGUUUAUGAUCCAACCGAUCCACAAAGCCUAGAUAUGUUGGCCGACAUCAAAAUGGACAUUGAUAAGAAUAAGGAAAAGAAAGAAGUGCCAAUUAUAGUGCUGGCAAAUAUGCGUUCCAAACGCAAAGACUCGCCACCAUCGCCAACUCAACAGCCGCCACAGUCCAAUAAUCAAGCUGACCCUGUAGAACUUAUUUUGAAUCGUGCCAAUGCCUGGUGUUCAAGGUGUAAUAUCAAACAUUAUACUGUUAAUGCCAUGGAAAGACCCUCACUGUAUGAUCCAUUUAUAAAUUUGUGUGCCAGAUUGCAUCCACCUCAGACCAAAUCGACAUUCCCUCAAUUGAGACAAGUUAUGCAAAAGACACAAAAAAUGGAAGGCUAAAACAGCCAAGGAGGAAAUAUAACAGGACUACUAUAUUGAUUGGCGGGGUCAUAUUUCGAGGCAAUAUAUACAUUCUUAAAUGUAUGGAUAUGAAAAAAUCUCUACAUCAAGUACUAGUUUGUAAGUUACUAACUAAAGUUAUUUUUAAAAAAAGUAUUACUACUGCUAUAUAUUUUUUAUAAACAGCAAAUUUAAUAUAUAUCUAUUCUCAUUAUACAUGUACGCGUAUAUAACUAAAAAAAAUUAGUAAAAUUAUAUUAACAUUGAAAA